ACUUUGUUUCCUCGUAAUUGUUUCUGCUACGACGUCACCUCUGAAUCUCCCGGUACCCUCAACCAAACACGCGCAGAGCCAUGCGCGGCUCACUCGGUCUCGCGCAGCGAGCAUGGUCUAGCACAGGGAACGGAGCUCUCUUUUCCAAGAUAUCCUCAGUUCGACCUCUUCCAUCGAGAACACAGCAGAUCAUCUCCUUACCAAGUCUUAAACCGCAAAGAAGUCCACAUACGACAGGGCUUCGCGCAAGAUCCUUAAUAGACCGCGAACCAUCAGUCAAUUCAAUACAGAAACGCGUCUUUUCAUUAUCGCGAGCAUUGAGUGAGGAGGGAAAGGCGCCACCGCCUCCACGUCACCGGCCUUUAUCGUAUAAAGAGGAGCUAGAACAGGAAGGCAAGACAAACCCCGAGGAUGCAGAGGACAACCGAGACGGACUAGACCAGGACUUUCAGAAAUCUGAGAAGGCAUCGCAAGCAGCAAAAGUUGAUCUCACCGCUAGACUGAGCAAAGAUGGAAGCAAAGGUGGACAAAGCCAGUUAUGGCGAUUGAUAAAAGUUGCUAGACCGGAAGCGAAGACUCUUGGAUGGGCAUUCCUUUUUCUACUCAUAUCUUCUGGAGUAUCCAUGUCGGUCCCCUUCUCAAUUGGAAAGAUUCUCGACAUUGCUACCGGCCAAGGAGAAGACGGCAAGACACUACCUUUCGGUCUCGAUAUGACCACUUUCUACCUAGGCCUCGGUGCUGUACUUGCCUGCGGUGCUGCUUCAAACUACAUGCGUAUCAUCAUACUGCGAAUUGUCGGAGAGAGAAUCGUAGCACGUCUUCGUUCUCGCCUCUAUCGCAAGACCUUUGUUCAGAAUGCCGAGUUCUUUGACGCAAAUCGUGUCGGUGACCUGAUAUCUCGCCUAGGUUCUGAUACCGUCAUCGUUGGGAAGAGUAUCACUCAGAACCUUUCCGACGGACUGCGCUCAAUAGUCAGUGGAACGGCUGGUUUUGUCAUGAUGGGAUGGGUCAGCUUGAAGUUGACAGGAGUCCUUGCUCUGAUUGCUCCUCCAGUGGGCAUAAUCGCAUUCUUAGCUGGAAGGAGGUUGCGUGAGCUAAGUCGGAGGAUUCAGAAGAGCCUUGGUACUUUGACAAAGAUUGCAGAGGAGCGGCUAGGCAACGUGCGUACUAGCCAAGCUUUCGUCGGAGAGAUUGAAGAAGUCGGGCGGUAUAACAAGCAAGUGAAGAAGAUCUUCGAGCUUGGCAAGAAAGAAGCCCAAGUUGCCGCAGGCUUCUACGGCAGCACUGGUCUGAUGGGCAAUCUUACCAUCUUGGCUAUUCUGUCGAUCGGAGGUGGAAUGGUCAAGAGUGGAUCAAUCACCAUCGGAGAGCUGACAUCGUUCUUGAUGUACACGGUCUACGCGGGCAGCAGUAUGGUGGGUCUUUCGGGCUUCUAUGGCGAGCUUAUGAAGGGUGUUGGAGCCGCAAGUCGACUAUUCGAGCUCCAGGACAGGAAUCCCACAUUGUCACCGACAACCGGACUCCCAGUCAAAUCGGCAAAAGGAGACAUUGUGUUCAAGAACGUUUCAUUCAGCUAUCCAACCAGACCCGCUGUAACCAUCUUCAAGGACCUUGACUUCACGAUCAAGGAAGGCACCAACAUUGCCAUUGUGGCCCCAAGUGGCGCCGGAAAAUCGACCGUAGCAAGCUUGCUUCUGCGCUUCUACACACCAAACACCGGAACCAUCGAGAUCGAUGGGAAGGAUAUUACAAGUCUCAACGCAAAACAGCUCAGAAGAAGGAUCGGCUACGUAGGACAGGAACCAGUUCUCUUCUCCGGCACCAUCGCAGACAACAUCUCCUACGGCAAGCCCCACGCCACCCGUGCCCAGAUCGUAUCCGCCGCUCGCAGGGCCAAUUGCCAAUUCAUCAGCGACUUUCCCGACGGCCUAGAAACCCACGUCGGCGCCCGCGGCACCCAGCUCUCAGGCGGCCAAAAGCAGCGCAUCGCCAUCGCGCGUGCCCUCAUCAAGGAGCCCGACAUCCUCAUCCUCGACGAGGCAACCUCUGCCCUCGACGCCGAGUCCGAGACGCUCGUCAAUCAGGCCCUCGCCCGUCUGAUUCGCGGCCACAACACGACCAUUAGUAUUGCGCACAGGCUGUCCACGAUUCAGCGCUCGGACGUGAUUAUCUGUCUUGGUGCGGACGGCCAGGUUGCGGAGCAGGGCAGCUAUAGGGAGCUGACUGCGAAUCCGGACGGGGCGUUUAGUAAGUUGAUGGAGUGGCAGCGCACGGGUGGUGAGCAGGCGCAGACGACGACGACGACGACGACGCCGAAGCCGAGUGAGGAGGAGGAGAUUGAGGAGGAUCUGCAUGAGCGGGAGGAGGCGGAGGAGGAGGAGGAGGAAGUUGUUGAAGAGAAGCGGCGAUGAGGCCCCAUGGCAUCAUGACUGUCUCGAUGGCUUUGGCAGUCAGCCUCUAACGGCGUAAGGGGCGUUGAAUAAAUUGGUCCGCAUGGCUGGACUGUAAGACCAAAAUCCCCGUCCACAUUAAGACGCGGCCUGGCA